AUGCAUUUCAUCUAUUUAUUCUUCUUCCUCCAAUUAAACUAUAUUCAAACUACCGUAGUGCAAACGGACCAAACAGAACUGUUGGAUUUGUUAAUAUCAAAAGUGAAAGGGGAAGGAGAUGGAUCACAGGGCUUAUCAAUGCAAAAAGAGAGUGAUGAAGAAAUUGGAUUGCAAGUGUUUCAAACAAAACCCUUGGAUUUAUCAAUUCCAAAACUGAAAGAGGAAGGGAAUAAAUCACAAAGCUUAUCAAUGGAGGGAGUAAGUUAUGAAGGAAUUAAACCGCAGCGACAGCCCGUUCCAAUCGAAACUUUGAUGGAUGUGAUGGAACUAUCGAAGCAAAAAGAAAGCACGGGAAAGAAACAAUGCUGUGAUAUAUGUCAAAAGAACGUAGCAAAUAUGAAAAAACAUACGAUGACUCAUAGCGGUGAAAAGACAUACAGUUGUCCGGUAUGCAAAGCAAAUUUCGCUCGCUUCUGGGAUAUGGAAAAACAUAUGAUGACUCACAUUGGUGAAAAGACAUACAGUUGUCCGGUAUGCAAAACAAAUUUCGUUCGCUUCUGGGAUAUGAAAAAACAUAUGAUGACUCAUAUCGGUGAAAAGACGUAUAGUUGUCCGGUAUGCAAAAAAAAUUUCGUUCGCUUCUGGGACAUGAAAAAACAUGUGAUGACUCAUAUUGGCAAACAGCCGUAUAGUUGUCCAGUAUGCAAAAAAAAUCUCUUUCGCUUCUGGGAUAUGAAAAAACAUAUAAUGACUCAUAUCACUGAAAAGACGUACAGUUGUCCGGUAUGCAAAAGAAAUUUCGCUCACUUCUGGAAUAUGAAAAAACAUACAAUGGCUCAUAUCGGUGAAAAGGCAUACAGUUGUCCGAUAUGCAAAAAAAUUUCGUUCGCUUCUGGGACAUGA